AUGGCGAAUCUCAUCCGACUCGACCUUGCUAGCAAGGAUAUCGUUUUUCCAGGGGCAAAUCCCAACGUUAUUAUCCGAUACAUCCACGGUCCUCGAGGCCAGAUUGAGAUAAUCGACUCAAGCGGCUGGGGAAUCGGUGACUUGAAGCGUUUUGCUCCAAAAGUUGAGCUCAAAUUGCAGGGUAUAUCUGGCAUACGCUCGUACGAGUUGACUGUAGCACAGCUCUCUGCGUCUCCUUCUCUCUUUGCAACUGCACUCGAGGGUUCAGAUAAUCCCUUUCAGGCCAUCAGCACUGUUGACCUGCAGGGCCUUGGUGUAACAGGCAACACUGACCUGGAAAUUUAUGCUCUCGAAACUGCCGUUCACUAUAUGGAAACCGGCAGAUUGAACACUGCGUACUACAAGCGGGAAUUCUCAGCACCAACGAAAUCAGCCAGCGGACACAACAACUUCGACUUCCAAAUUCGCUGUAUCUUGACAGCUCAGAAGCUAGAGGCGAGCAGACUUGUGGAGGUUCUCAUUCUUGAAAUGAGCCGGGAGUGGUUGCGCUUCCCUUUCCGCACUAAACAUUUCGUCCUUGCCACAAGAGUCAACGGGGCACUUGACGAGUUCCUGAUUGAUUGGAUCAUACAAAUUGAGUACGAGAAGGACGGCAAGGUUGAUAAAGCUAAGCAGUAUUCCUUGGUUCAGGGGUAUGAAGAAGCCUCAAAGGUGCUCGACGCCACUGAAGCCGAGAUCCAGAAUGAUGCUCGGAAAGCUGGACUGGUGAAUGCCAAGGAGGUCACUGAAGUCGUUGAAGCUAACAACAAAGAUACUAAAGACGGUAGUGAAGAUGCUACUACUGUUGUUGCUGAAGCUAGUAUUACCGACAUGGAGGGGGUUUCGAACGGUCGGACUGUCUUCCAGCCCUCUGCGAGCAAUGCCGCUACACCUCUUCCCGAUAAUGCUGAGGUCGUCAAUGGGUUAGACACCACCGCGGCCACCGAGACUACCAAUGAGGACAUUGUGGAAGGUUUCCAUGAGCAACAGUGCCACCGCCACUCCAAACCUUGCUGCUACUACGGAGACUACUACAUCAUGCAACGAAACUGCACUGAGACGGCCACGGCGCCUCCCAAAUGCAUCCUUCGUCGCAGCACUAGAAAACGAGAAGCAAGAGCCGUCUUCAAUGAAGAUCCAGCAGUCCCAAAGCGGCUGAGCAAAGUCGCUAAGACGGAUGAUCAGGGCACGACACCACGGCCAAGCACAGAAGAAAUCAUUACCGGCGGUAAUGGCCCAGCACCAGCUCCUAAGACAUCUGCUCUCGAGGUAUCUGCUCCCAAGGCACCCACGCGCAAGAUCAACACGAAGCUGACCAAGGGAACGAAUACUAAAUGA